AGCUCGGGUCGGAGCGCAGCGAGCCCGCCCGCCCGCCCCGCCGCACCCCUCCUGCGUAGCGCAGCACAGCGCCGCGACACAACGCGGCCUCCGGGCCGGUACGGGGCGACCAUGGCUGCAGAUGGGCUGUCCACCAAGGCACUAAAGGUGAAGCGAGAGCUCGGAGAGAACACACCGCUGCUGUCUGAUGAAGAGUUGAUGGGGCUGUCGGUGCGGGAGCUCAACCACCACCUGCGAGGCCUUUCCAAGGAGGAGGUGGCCAGGCUGAAGCAGCGACGACGGACGCUGAAGAACAGGGGCUACGCUGCCAGCUGCAGGGUGAAGCGUGUCUGCCAGAAGGAAGAGCUGCAGAAGCAGAAGAUGGAGCUGGAAUGGGAGGUGGACAAGCUUGCCCGGGAGAAUGCUGCCAUGCGCCUGGAGCUUGACACUCUCCGUGGCAAGUAUGAGGCCCUGCAGGGCUUUGCCCGCACUGUGGCUGCCCAUGGGCCACCUGCCAAAGUGGCCACUGCCAGCGUCAUCACCAUCGUCAAGUCCGGUGCCAACCAGGCUGCCUACUCCUAGUGCUGGCCCCGUCCCUCGGCUGGGCACUGUCCCCCCCAGGGCGUCUUCCCCUACAUACUUGAGGCUCUCCUUUGCUGGGAGCUGCACCCCAAAUCCUUCCCUCUGGUCCCCAGACCUCCGCUUGUAGGCAGGACUGCCACCAUGUGUGUGCCGGGUGGGACAGCACCUUAUUGGAGAUCCCUUGGGGGAAGCCCAAAGCCCGGCACUGCCCUGUGGUCCCAUCCCUUGCUGCAUCAGUGGGUGCGUGCAGGAGGGGAUGAGUCCAUGUGAAUGGAUGGAGGCAGGGAAACACCCCCACAGCUCCAAGCUGGCAGGAAAACACAGUGCACCCCAUUUUUUGGGAGAGCUGAGUGCAGGGCAGGCGCUCUCAGGAGCAUGUGCCAGAGAGGGAAAGGGGGAGAGGGUUUUGCAGAAAGAUGAGGAUGAAUGGGGUCAGCAUUGGGCCCAGGGAGAAAAGGUGGAGAUGGCAAGAGAACGUGCAGGUUGGAGGGGAACAGAAAGUGGCUGCAGGUCGGGGUGAGUGGGAUGGCAUAGCACUGUGACAGCAAUGGAGGGUAGGAGCCAUCUGGGGCAG